ACAGACACACACACACAGAGGUAAUCUCACAGAGAAAAGAAGGGAAAUACAAAACGAGUGUGUGUUUGUGUGGAGUGUGUUGUGAAUUUUUGUGUUGACUGUGCAUAUGGUGUGAAGCGCGUCUGCCCGGCCGGCAUGGGAUGGUCGGCCGGCUCCGGACUGGUUAUGGACUGGUUGAACCAAAGCAGAGGUGCUGAUAUUUACUGAAGAUGAGUAGUGGGGGGGGAAACACCCCGGAGCCCCCCAGAGGGGGAGAGUCUCUGAAGAGGAAGGACUGUCAGUCAGACCUCCUGGGCCCCAGCCCCAAGAGGAGUACUGAGAGGAGGAACCGGGAGCAGGAGAACAAGUACAUCGAGGAGCUGGCCGAGCUGAUCUUCGCCAACAUCAACGACAUGGACGACCUCAACGUCAAGCCGGACAAAUGUGCCAUCCUCAAAGAGACGGUGAAGCAGAUCAGGCAGAUCAAGGAGCAAGAAAAAGCUCCAGUGGCGGAUGCUGAGGAGGUGCAGAAGGCCGACGUCUCCUCCACAGGACAGGGUGUCAUUGAUAAAGACACCCUGGGGCCCAUGAUGCUGGAGGCCCUGGAUGGCUUCUUUUUUGUGGUCAACAUGGAGGGCAACAUCGUGUUUGUCUCGGAGAACGUCAGUCAGUAUUUGCGGUACCAGCAGGAGGAGCUGAUGAAUACUAGCGUCUACAGCGUGCUGCACGUUGGAGAUCAUUCCGAGUUUGUUAAGAACCUCCUGCCAAAGAGCUUGGUCAAUCAUCGCAGCGGUGAUUCGUCCAGCAGGAACAGCCACACCUUCAACUGUCGCAUGCUGAUCAACCCUCAUGCCGACGCUGAAGGCCGGCCGGCGUCUGACCAGCAGGACGCGUCACAGCAGAAGUACGAGACCAUGCAGUGUUUUUCAGUCUCCGAACCCAAGUCUAUCAAGGAGGAAGGGGAAGAUUUCCAGUCAUGUCUCAUCUGUGUGGCAAGAAGAGUCCCCGUCAAAGAGAGACCUGUGAUGCCCACGUACGAGAGCUUCACCACGCGACAGGACCUUCAAGGUAAGAUCACGUCCCUGGACACCAGUCUGCUCCGUGCGUCCGUGAAGCCGGGCUGGGAGGAUCUGGUCCGGCGGUGCAUUCAGAGGUUCCACCUGCAGAAUGACGGGGAGAUGUCCUUCGCCAAGAAACACCAGCAAGAUGUGUUGAGGAACGGCCAUGCGCUCAGCCCCCUCUACAGAUUCUCCCUGGCAGACGGCACCAUCGUCUCAGCUCACACAAAGAGCAAGCUGGUCAGGUCUCCAGCCACCAACGAACCACAGCUCUACAUGUCCCUGCACAUCCUGCAGAGGGAGAACAUGGGCGGCAUGACCGGAGACCAGGGCAUGGCCAAGCCAAUGACUCCAACCAGUGUGAGUGGUCCCUCCCCUUCCCCUGAUGCCAGUGUCACCAGCAACACGCACCACUCCACCACGGCCCCUGGCGCCCCUGGACGUGGUUUUGUAUCUGUAUCAGGUCGGGCGUCCACGCCUCAGGGAAACACCCAUGCACACAAGCUGGGUAGCCCUUCAGGCCAUGGAAGCCCCAGCGUCACCUCUGGGGCCCAGGGUGCCAUGUUGUCUCCUCGCCAUCGCCAGAGCCCCAGCAUGGCGGCUAGUAGCAGCAGUUGUAGUAGCCCCCACCUCGCCCAGCAUCCCCCUGGUUCUUUCUCUCCUGCAGCUGGCCUCCAUUCGCCAUCAUCUGUGUGCAGCAGCACAGGAAAUGGCCAAGUGUUCAACUCCCUCAGUGCACUGCAGACCCUCACCCAGGGCCACAGGAUCUCCCAGGGACUCCCUGAGGGGCAGCAUCCAGAGUCACCUGACAGAAAGCCACCUGCCCUUCAGAGUCCUCUUCACAGCAGCAGUGCUAGUGGCCAACUAGCUAAGAACAAUUCCAGCUUAGAGGCUGACUUAUUUGGAACUUUUGGGGAGCAGCAGAACUUGUUGUCAUCACAAGACCAGGAGGGUGAGCAGGAGGAGGGGAGAGACGGUGACCCUGACAGCUUCGGAGGUGAUGGAAGCUUAGGGGAGCUCGGCGACCCCUCAAAUCGCCUUCUGAACACAAAAGGGCAUACUAAGCUGCUCCAGCUCCUCACCACCAAAUUAGAACCCUCAGAUCCCUGCUCACCACCGCGGCCCCUGGGGGACGACCAGGACUGUAAGGACCAGCUGGGUGGGAUUGGGGGUGUGGGUGGGGCUGGGCAUAACAACCACUCCACCUCCUUAAAGGAGAAACACAAAAUUCUCCACAGGUUGCUGCAGACCAGCACCUCGCCCGUGGAGCUGGCAAAGCUAACGGCCGAGGCUACCGGAAAAGACCCCAUUGGUCCAGAGUCGGCUUCAGGUGACAGCAUGGCCGCCCUAGGUGAACUCUGCACAAAACAGGAGCCUGGGAGCCCCAAAAAGAAGGACAAUGCGCUGCUUCGCUAUCUGUUGGACAGGGAUGAUAACGGCAUCCUGGAUAAAGCCAUCAAGAUGGAAUCUGCUGAUGGGCCGAAGCUCUCCAACAUUAAGACAGAGAAGCAGGAAGCAGGUUUCAACAUGGCGGAUCAGACCAGUGAGUUGGAGGACCUGCUGGAGGACCUACAGAGUGGCGGCCAGCAGCAGCUGUUCGCUGGUCAACCGCCAAUCAGAAGGCCGGCUUCGUCUUCGUCCUCCUCUUCCUCAGUACCACCUGGUUCUUCUGUGGACAAACAGACCAUCAUCAGCAACAUCCUGCAGAUGCAAGACAGCAGCAGCAGCAGCCCCACCAACCAGCACAGAGCCUUCCCUCCCAUCAGCCCCGCAAGCUUUACUGGUGCCAGGCCGGGCCAACUGGGUCGAGGAGCUCCUCCGGUCAGGAGCACAUCUCUAGACAGCAGUAUGGGCCCCAACCCCAAUGCUGGGAGGCCAUUUCCUCCUCAGCACAGGAACAACGGCCCCUACUCCUUACUGCAGCAGCAACAGCCGCAAGGCAUGAUGGGAACCCAUGGAACCAUGGCCAACCAGGCUGCAAUGACCAAUCCAGGCAUGCUGAGUAACGGGGCAAUGCGGGGCUCCAUGCAGCAGGGCUGGGGUCCCCAGGGGCCCAUAGGGGGCACUGUGGGGCCAGUAAUGGGCCAGGGGGUUGGACCUGGUCGCAUGGUCCCCAACAUGAACACUGCACUGCCCACGAGAGGCCCGCUUGGAUCCAGAGCCAUGGUCAACAUGCAGAUGAUGGGCAACGAGAUGGAGAUGACAAACCCGGCCUACCAACAGCAACAUGCUCCACCCAAUCAGACUGCACCGUGGCCAGACCGAAUGAUAACUAUGGAUCACUAUGGAAACCAAAGCAGGCCACCGUACGGCGUCCCCCAGGAGGACGGGAUGGGGUGCUGCGACACCGGGCCUGAGGGCCAGCCAGAUGAAGGAGCCCUGCUGAGCCAGCUGUGCUCAGUGUUGAAGGACUAUGAGGGCCUGGAAGAGAUCGACAAGAUGCUGGGAAUCCCGACGCUGGCUGGACAGGGUCCUCUAACAGACCAGGACCAGUACCUCGGCACCUCGGACCCUGCAGCCAGCAUGAAGCCUCUCCUGUACAGUCAACACUACGGUGGCCAGCAAGCUUAUGGCGGCAUGCCUCCUGAUGGUGGGUUCCACGGCCCCUCUAUGAGCGGCCACAUGGGGCCACAGAGGAUGCCGCCGGCCGGUUACCCCCCCAUGAUGAGGAUGCCUGGGAGCGCGGGGCCCAGAUCGGUCGGGAUGAGGCCGGGGGGACCUAAUCCAGGAGUGCCACCUCAGCCCAACAACCUGAGGCUCCAGCUGCAGCACCGACUCCAGGCCCAGCUGAACCGUCAGCCAAUGGCGAACCAGAUGAGUGGAGUGCCCAAUAUGAAUCUACCUCUAAGGUCUAAUGUACCAAACCAGGGAACCCUCAACGCCCAGAUGCUGGCCCAGCGUCAGCGCGAGUACCUCAACAACCACCUACGCCAACGCCAGCAGCAGCAGCAGCAGCAGCAGCAGCACAUGCACCAGCAGCGUGCCAUGAUGAUGCGGACUCAGGGCAUCAACAUGCCACCUAACAUGCCCAGCGGGGGCGCCGCUCCUACGCCGAUGCCCAUAGGCGGCACCAACCCGCGGCUCCCGCAGGGCAACCCGCAGCAGUUCCCCUACCCGGCCUCCAGCUACGGUACCGGCCUGCCCUCUCCUCCUCCGCCUCCUCCUCCCCAUCCCAGCUCCUCCAGCCCCUUCUCCCCUCUCUCCCCAAGCCAUCACCUGGCUAGCCAGGGCAUGAUGGGAAGUGUAGGCGGGCAGUACAGCGGGGUAAUGAGUCCACCAUCACAGCACAGUGCCUUCCAGUUCAGCAGUUCAGGAAUGAGCCAGCAGCAGCAACACCAGGACCCAGUGUCAGGCUUUCCCUGUGGGGCUGCGACCCCGCAGAGCCCCCUGUUGUCCCCCAGGAUGGGGCAGGGUCAAAACCCGAUGCUGCAGCAGAACCAGGGUCAAACUCAGCCCCAGGGCCCGAACCAAGGAAGCGCACCGGGCUACCAGGCGAGCAGCGACAUGAACGGAUGGCCCCAACCUGCCAACAUCUCCACCAGCAACAGUGUGUACCCACAACAGUCCCAGUCCCAGUACUCCACACAACCCAGCGGAGGAAUGUACAGCAGCAACAACAACAUGAACCUGGUGGUCAUGGCCAGCAACGGCGGCAACAUGAACCAGAUGUCGGGCCAGAUGAGCGUCAUGAAUACCGAGCAGGUGAGCGACAGCGGACUGAUCCUGGGACAGCUGGCAGGAAUUGACAUGUUGACACAAGAGGGUGAAGCCAACUCUAACUUCUGCUGACCCCGGCCGCGGCUGAGUCGAGGUAACACCGGAGCUCAUGCAGAAACACCGACGCCCACUCAAGCAUCGAGGAGCUGAGGACACAUGAUGGAGACACUGCUCGGUCUGUCCCAGCAGCCGGCUCAGAGCCACUUAAACAGAGAGGACGUGUAAAGAUUUCUGAACUGCAUUCACGUCAGUGUGGCUUUCUUCACACCGAUUUAACAUUUUAUGCAAAAAGCCAGAAGUCACGGGGAGACAUCUGAACCAUCCUGACAGCAAAUGCACAACAGGAGGAAACCAACAACACAAAAAGGAUGUUGUUUCACUGCUAAGUCUGGGUUUGUGGGAAACUGUAUUUUAGCUAGUUACUGAGGGUUAUGCUUUGAUGCUUGGUAAUGUAACAAUACACAUUUUAUUUAUCUGCAUACUGUAUUCUGCAGAAAAACUGGUUUUCAAACAAUCAGAUGAGCUGGAGCUGGAGUUGGAACGAACCAAACAGCAACCAUUUUUCUUUGCAAGUGAAAAUGCAAAGCUUUAUAUCUUCAUUAACUGCAUAGAUUUACAUUAACGGGAGCUUAGCUGGACUGAACGCACACUGGAUUUUAUCAAGGAUGUUAUUGGCACUUAUGUUUCUUUUUGCUCCUCGAAAUCAAAGUAAACUUAGUGAAGGUAAAGGAAAAGCAUAAGAAGAACACCAGAACCAGGGGCAAGCAGUAACGUCGUGUUUUAGACGGGAGACACAAAAUGACGAACACAUGGGCGGAGCAAACAGCUUUUCACUUGCAGCUCGCACGUGCAGCGUUUGCCGAUCUCUGGUCAGAUGAAUGUAUUCCUAACGUUUUCCCUCUGAAAACACUCAGCUGUAAUCCAUCGGAAGGUCUCUGAAGUGUAUUUGUGAUGUGUGUGUGAAAGAAAUGACGUCGACGGAUUUAAUCUUUUGUGAUUCUGUUUCAGAGCCUGACUGAAAACGUCGAAUGAGAAGGCUUAUGAAAAAUAUUCUACAGGUAUUUAUAGUUUUGAAGAAGUUUUAGAGAUUCUUUGUAUGACGCAAAAAGUCAAGGAUAUCUUUCUUUAAGAGAAAUCUCUCAAAAUGGUACAUUUUGAUGUCGAUUUUAAAAUUAAUAUAUUUCAACUGCUGUAGUGACGGGGGAGCUGUACCCCUAUUUAAUGACUUUUUGAAUGAAGGUGAAUGUGUAUAGAUAGUGUACAUACAGAUUUAUAAAAACCCUUUUCCCCCAAGUGAUAUUGCAAAACAGCAGUUUGGCGUUUUAGUCCAACAAACAUUUCUCAGAGAGCAGAAAUAAUUUACUGGUAAAAUUAAACGUCAGUGUGCAGGUCAGUACGUCAGCUUGCUAAGCUAAGCUUCAAUGCACGCUGGUCAAAAUAUAGCACGUGUUUGUUCUUGCGACCAUCGUGGAGCAAAAGUCGGUCAGAAUGUCGGCUAACUGGUUUUCCAAGCUAGAAAUCAGCUGGCUUUCUGCAGCUGUUCACAGUGUGAAUGUUCAGCUAAGCUAACUAGCUAGCCUAGCAUCAGUAGUUUGAAGGUUCCCAGUCAGAUGCCACACGCUCCACGACUGCCAUGAAAUUUGGCACCGACAUUCAGAUUUCCUGUACAUGAAAUAACUUCAAUGCCCUGGACUUCUCACCUAGCGCCAUCAUCAGGACGACCUUUAAUUCGUGCAGCACUGUGGUUUAUGGCCAAAUACCUGCAAGACGAAUGACAUUCCCAUCAGCCUCUGCUGUACCCUGCUGUGCUCAUUAGCAACUCUUAGCAUGCCGAGACGCUGAACCAAACAGCGAGCGUUACACCUGCACCUGCUGCAGCAUGUUAAAGUUAUUGUGAGCAUGACAGGAAGUCUGCAGUCAUCAGAAAACGGUCUGUCCUCUCUGCCCACUGAGAUUUGACCAGUGAAAUUAUUUCUGCCUCCAAAGCAGCUUUGCCUCGAAAACAAUAUGUGCGCAACUGAUCGAGCUCCGCGCUACCGCCAUUCAUUUUAAAUCUGCACUUCGUGGUUGCAAUGUACUGGCCUGCAGGAGUCACUCGUGCAUUACAGGCUGAAGCUGAAGGACAUAAACAAAGUGUAGUGUUUGUUGUGUUGGGUGAAGCUGUGACUAUGAGUCUCUGCAUAAUCUGUGUGAUGUACAUGAAUUCAAACAGUCUCAGAAGGAUGCUAAGUUUUGCGCCAAGGAUAAAGUGUGACCUGGUCCCUAUAAACAGAUUAAUUACGCCAAAUUAGAGCUUUCUAUUUUUUACAAAGGAGAGCAGGUGACCCAGAGCUUUUACAAUCCACAUGUUAUACGGACUAUAUGGGCUUUUACAGACUGGACCUCUAGCGUUUUGGGAAUUGUUUCAUCGAAUCAUCUGAAAGGUGCUCUGUUAUUCAUUAGGUGCUGCCUUGUAAUUGUGAACAAAGCCGACUGUAACUGGCAUCGUGGAUUUCUCGAACCCGUCUUUCUCUCCUUCGGAUGGUCCAGAAAUCUGUUGAGCGCAAACUGUAACGACGACGUACAAUUACUGCCCGAAAGAAGAAUGUGAAAAUGCAAACUAACUGCAAAAUGAAAGUUUUUUUUGUUUUUUGUUUUUUUUGUUUUUUUUUUUUGUGUGUGUGUGUGUGCGCGCUGAUCCCAUUUUUCGUCCAUGUCCUUCCAGCUUUCAGUACAGUAAAUUAUACUCCGGUGUGGAAGCAUAUUGUGAAGCCUGUACGAGAAAAUGUAAGCCAUGGAAAUGUCCUGAAUGUCAAACUGUCUGCAAACGUUUAAGGCAAUCAAGAGCGGAUGUAAACACUCAUGUACAGUAACUCCUAAUGUUUUAGAUGAAGGUGAAUUAUUUUCUCUUGAUUUUGACUCAUACAUUAUACAUAUAUAUUGAAGAAUUCAUAGAUGGAUAUUUUAUCAAUUGAAAAAUACUGUAACUCAUGUAAGUACCUUAAGAUGCUAAAGACAAAGCAUAAUGCCUUAGAUCUGUGAUUCUGUGUCUGGUGUAUAACUGUAAGGUUUACAGGUGUAUUAUAUGAGUCACAUUCUGCUGAGUGAGUGUUUCACUGUAGCUUAGAAUAAUAAUAAUAAUUAGACAAGCAGGAUUUUUCUAUUUUAUCCCAAGAAGUGACACUAAGCUGUGUUAACCUGUGUAUAAACUCAUGGAAAUUACAGUGAUUUUUCUGUCAGCAUUGCUAAUCAAAUUAUUUUGUUUGUACUUACACUGUAUUGUUUUACCACCUAACGCAGUGUUUUGUUAAAGGGGCAUUAAGUCAUCUUUGACCUUUGCGACCUCUGUUGGUGACCAGGAGGUACUGCAGCAACAUCAGUGCAUCCCUAGAUGGCGUUUGAACACUUUGAGCUACGGUAGCCUGUAAAUGACAUUAAUAGCACAGCCAGAAAUGAAAGUAGUGGUCUAACCCUAAUGCAGCUCAAAAUAAGCACCCAUCUCUGACAUUAAACGCUUACAAAGGUUAAUAUUGGACAAAAUUCCAAUCAGAAAUUCAAAGUUCAGCUUCCUGGGACAUGCGUUUCACCUUUUUUCAUUUAACUAAAGAAGCUCUCAGAUGUUAAACAUGUCUCACACUGAUUGAAUGUAUUUUUUUUUAUUAUAUAAAUAGAAGGAAUGUGAAAAUUAAGGUAGCUUAUAGUUUCUUUGUUCACCAACUGGAGUCGCAUCACUGGGGCUGUUAAAGUUAGAUUUCACUGAGAUCUUUUUCAAGCUGUUGACAUUUUUUAAAUUUUCCUCUCAUUUAGUUUCUUUCGUAUUUAAAGCUACUGCGUGUAAAAUGUGAUUAUAGCAUCUUAAAAUUAUUCUAAUGGUGUGACUUCAUUUUGGGGAAAAAUGCAGCAGUCGUUUUACUUCAGUUCAGGGCUCUUUUGUGAUUCCACCACCGGAUGGCGCUGAGGUCACACUGGUGAUGCUGGUCUGCAUAAAACAACGAUGCAGGUGGAAAAUUCAAAAGGUUUUUCCUGUAUUGUUGGACUUCCAGCAGUCUUCAGGAUAUUUAAAGCUGUGCUGCGACAGGAAGCUUCUUGUAGCUUGAUGGGGAGACUUUAUAGCAUUUGUAGCUGAAUGUUUUAUUCUACAACAGAGAGCGCAGAGUUAUUGUUUAAAGCCACUCGUGGAAGUCAGAAGGUUUAAAUCUGGAAUGAUAGAAAUCUCAGAAACUGGUGAAAUAUUCAUCAGACAAAGCUCCUGUGCCUCCACAGAGACAUGGAUUUUUGGUGAAGCAGAAAAUAUACUUUUUGCCCCUUUCAGAAUAUUUUCGGGGACUGAAUAAACCGGGAUCAGGCCACUCUGAAAUGUUACUCCUGAGUUUUUGUCUGAUCAGCUGUCAGUCGUACCGUUUGUAAAAUGUGCUGAUGUCUGAACGUAUUUCACAGUACAAAUGUAAAUCAGAGCUUUAUGUCAGAGCAGAAGGAGAGUGCAGCUUUUCAAAGAUCACUGAUUGUGCUUCAAGAGAUUUUUUUUUAAUCAUCCUCUCUGCCCUGAUGUUCAUGUUAAAUAUCUCAGUGGUGACUCAAUCCAGUACAGACAGUUUAUUCAGAGUGUGUUAUUAUGCAAAAGUCCAGACGUUCACACCACUUUAUGCAAGAUGUCGACUCUAAUGUUGCUUUUGCCAAUGCUGCUCGUUAAUUUAUGAUUCAUGCCACUGUAAAUAAAUUAUUUUUAUUGA